AUGGUUGAAGAACACGGGCUGGCGGAUUUGUGGUUCCAACAAGAUGGAGCUACUGCUCACACAGCUCGAAUUUCACUAGACGUUUUGAGAGAGAUGUUUCCGGGACGCCUAGUCUCUUUGAGAGGUGAUGUUGGGUGGCCUGCGCGGUCACCAGAUCUGAGCAUUUGCGACUUUUUUCUUUGGGGAUAUCUGAAGGAAAGGGUUUUCAAAGGCCGCCCUCACACUCUAGCAAUGUUGAAACAGCGGAUUAUUGACGAAGUGAAUGCCAUUCCCCGCGAUAUGUGUGCAAGAGCUGCUGAAAACUUCAGAGAUCGCCUUCAACAAUGUAUUGAUGCUAACGGUCGCCAUCUUCAGGACAUAAUUUUCAAAAACUAA